AUGGCACUCAAAGUCAAACAAACUGCGAGAAAAAGAACCCUGCAGAUUGAAGGGCUUGGAUUUCCAUGGGUCCAGCCGGUGUUGCCAUUUGUGCCCAUCCCAGAUUCAGACGAUGAUGAAGGAAAUAGAGCGGAGGUCAAAAGACAUCUAAAUGAACCAAGGUAUUGGAACCUGUUUCUCACAAACAAGGCAUGGGAGUUUUACAAGGAGAACAGGAAGCGGAGAGCUAUUAUUGAAAGGAGACUCCUUAAUGAAGGACAUCCUUCCACCUACAUUGCAGAUAAAGGAUGGGAAGGGCUAUGUAAUCCUGACACUCGUCAUCGGUUGUUGCCUAUUAAGGAGUUCUAUGCUAAUUUAGCUGGAAUUGAAGGUGAGUGA